UUUUUUAUAAUGUCGUCAAAGAACAUUUUUGAUUUUUCACUAUUUUAAAGGUUCUUCCUUUCACCCAAAAUCGGGAGAAAAAUCCUAAACUCCAGCCUUCCGUAAUUAAUGAUCAUCUUCUCUUUUAUCACACGCACACACUCUUCUUUUGGUUUAGCUUAGCACAAUAAGAAGAUUUGGUUUUUUUGCUUUUUAUAGAUUCUUCUGGAGAUAGUGAGAGAGAGAGAGAUGGGGAGAUUGUUCUUGGUGAAUUUGGAAGGUAAGUCUUACAGUUGUAAGCACUGCAAGACCAAUCUUGGCCUCUACGAUGAUGUCGUCUCUAAGUCAUUUCAAUCCCGGCAUGGGAAAGCUUACCUCUUCAGUAAGGUGGUGAAUGUGUAUGCUGGGAAGAAGGAAGAUAGGAUGAUGAUGACGGGAAUGCACACCGUGGUCGAUAUUUACUGUGUCAAAUGCGGCUCUUAUGUUGGAUGGAGAUAUGAAUUUGCUUUUGAGAAGAAUCAAAAGUACAAGGAAGGAAAAUCAGUUCUCGAGAGGUACAAGGUUUGGGGUCCAGAUGGGAACAACUAUUGGGUGGCUCAAGAAGUUGAAGCCGGAGAAAGCGAGUCUGAUGAUGCUUGAUCUCAUAAUUUUUAUCUGAUUUGUACAUUCUCUCCUACUCUUUCGUCUCUUCUCUAUUCUUUUUUAAUGUUUUUAAUUCUCAUUUUGUAAACCAUCCAUCUUACAUUAGGACAGCUUCAGAGAUCAAUUGUUUGGUCUUGCUGCAACUACUUCGGACAGAUACAGUUAAAAAUCUCUAGGUUUUAGUUUGUUUCCAAGUUCUUUACUACAAGAACAGAGCUUGACAGGGUUGC